UGGGGCGGGGCGGAUCACUUCGGGAAGAUGGCGCUGUGUGUGCUGCGGAACGCCGUACGCGGAGCGGCGGCGCUACCCAGGCUGAAGGCAUCUCUUGUGGCCAGUAUCUGCAGACCUGGGUAUAGCUCCUUGUCCAAUCACAAGUAUAUUCCUCGGAGGGCAGUGCUGUAUGUGCCUGGGAAUGACGAAAAGAAAAUAAGGAAGAUUCCAUCCCUGAAAGUGGAUUGUGCGGUGCUGGACUGUGAGGAUGGUGUGGCUGAAAACAAAAAGAAUGAAGCUCGAUUGAGAAUAGUAAGAACUCUUGAAGACUUUGACCUGGGCCCAACAGAAAAGUGUGUGAGAAUCAACUCGGUGUCUAGUGGUCUGGCUGAAGCUGACCUAGAGACAAUUCUGCAGGCCCAAGUUCUUCCCUCUAGUAUGAUGCUGCCAAAGGUGGAAGGUCCUGAGGACAUCCAGUGGUUUUCAGACAAAUUUUCAUUCCACUUAAAAGGCCGAAAACUUGAACAACCAAUGAAUUUAAUCCCCUUUGUGGAAACUGCAAUGGGUUUGCUCAAUUUUAAGGCAGUGUGUGAAGAAACACUGAAGACUGGGCCUCAAGUGGGUCUUUUCCUAGAUGCGGUUGUUUUUGGAGGAGAAGAUUUUAGAGCCAGCAUAGGUGCGACAAGCAGUAGGGACGCCCAGGACAUCCUCUACGCCCGACAGAAGAUUGUCGUCGUAGCAAAGGCCUUUGGCCUACAAGCCAUAGAUCUUGUAUACAUUGAUUUCCGGGAUGGAGACGGUCUUCUCAAACAGUCAAGAGAAGCCGCUGCCAUGGGCUUCACUGGUAAACAGGUGAUCCACCCCAACCAGAUCGCUGUGGUACAGGAGCAGUUUACUCCGACCCUGGAAAAAAUUCAGUGGGCCGAAGAACUGAUCACCGCCUUCAGAGAGCAUCAGCAGCUGGGAAAGCCUUUCCCAUCUAUUUCUGAACAACAAUCCGACCUGGACCCAGUGAAUCCGGGUGAAAAUGAAAGAUGGAGCAGAAACGUACUCUUGCGAUUCCUGGUCUUCAAAAGCAGCUGGAAGUAUUUCUCAUCUCUGGUGUGCUUGGAGAAGACAAUACAGUUUCAGGAGCCAUGGUCUAAAUGCAAAGGGAUCGAUCACUUUUGAUUCAUGGCUCACCAUUCUUUUGUCUGUCUGUUUUGUUUCAUGUGCGCCUACACCAACUUUCUCUCUCCAGCCUGUUAGUUAAACCUUGGAAGGACAGAUGCACUGUUUUACAGGGGCCAUAAUCCACUGUGGGCAGUAAUGAAGAGGCCCUUGUGUAUCCUCAUUUACUCCAAUAGGAAAACUAGACUAUUGCCUUGUAAAACAGCAUGGGACCCACACCCCAAUCUCCAUGGAAUGUUAACCUGGGGAACCUCCCCAACCAGAUUCAUAAAAUUCAUCAUGGUCCUAGAUGACCCAAAUUAGCUCUAGGCUAUAUGGAAUGGGCCAAAGGCCAAUUGAAGGGUAUAAAUGGUAAAAGAGAGAGGAUCAGAAAAGUGACCCAAAUACAGGAUUUUAGGUCACACAGGUGUGCCUAAGAGUCAGAUUCAUCAUUCUAAGGCUAAGAGGGUCAGGCAUUUCUGGAAAAAAAAAAUUCUGGUUAUGUAGGCUUUUUAAUUUCUCUCUGUUGAAAGAUAAAAUCUGAAGCUAUCACCCAAGAUUCUCAGCCAUGUUUUGUUGUUUACUUCCAUCCUACAAGCACACUCUUUGUGCCUAUCUCAUAACCCUCAUAGUAGCUCCCAGUAUGCCCAUCCCAGAAGUCCUGUGCAGGAGCAGCAAGGGCAAUGCUGAUUAUUGACAAGCUGUACUUUGGCUUAUGAAAUAGGAAAUGGGCUGUGCUAUAUAUGAAUGAACCGUCAAGGGUUAGGGUGGCUCCACCCACUUCCAGAUCUCUGGGAGCUCCUGCUGUCUCUCUGGGCACAUCCUUGACAAGUGAAAAGAAAGUGAAAGAAGUGAUUAGAUUGGACUGAUGUGGCUCAGAGGUAGAGCCAUUGUCUAGAAGGGUCCAAGCCUCAUCUCUAGCACUUUAAAGAUAAAUAAUUUUUAAAAACCUAUUGAAAAAACAGCAUAGU